UUGGCCAUUGGCCCAUUGCUCUUUGUCUGUACUCUAUAUAUAUGCGUCUGCUUCAACACAACACUUCAGUAAAUCACACAUUUUGUCUCUAAUCAGAGAUCAAGAAGUAGCCCUUAAGUUAACGAUGGCUUCCGCCGACCUCGCAGAGGCCAUCGAGCCCACGAAGAAGAGCAACGUCAAGUAUGCCUCCAUCUGUGCUAUCCUCGCCUCCAUGGCCUCCGUCAUACUCGGCUAUGACAUUGGGGUGAUGAGUGGAGCGGCGAUGUACAUCAAGAAGGACCUGAAGAUCACGGACGUGCAGCUGGAGAUCAUGAUAGGAAUUCUCAGUGUCUACUCGCUGAUCGGAUCCUUCGCUGGCGCGCGGACGUCCGACAGGAUCGGUCGCCGCUUGACUGUCGUCUUCGCUGCUGUCAUCUUCUUCGUGGGCGCGUUGCUCAUGGGUUUCGCCGUCAACUACGGCAUGCUCAUGGUGGGACGCUUCGUGGCCGGAGUUGGUGUGGGCUUCGGGGGUAUGAUCGCGCCCGUGUACACCGCCGAGAUCUCGCCGGCGGCAUCCCGCGGCUUCCUCACGUCCUUCCCGGAAGUGUUCAUCAACAUCGGUAUCCUGCUCGGCUACUUGUCGAACUUCACGUUCGCUCGCCUCCCGCUCCACCUCGGCUGGCGUGUCAUGCUCGGCAUCGGCGCAGCGCCGUCCGCCCUGCUCGCGCUCAUGGUGUUCUGCAUGCCCGAGUCGCCUCGGUGGCUUGUCAUGAAGGGCCGCCUCGCGGACGCCAGGGCUGUGCUAGAGAAGACCUCUGCCUCGCCAGAGGAGGCCGCAGAGCGGCUGGCUGACAUCAAGGUCGCCGCGGGGAUUCCAAAGGACCUCGACGGAGACGUGGUCACCGUACCAAAGGAGCGGAACGGUGGCGAGAUGCAGGUGUGGAAGGCGCUCAUCUUUUCCCCAAUCCCGGCGAUCCGACGCAUACUGCUAUCGGGCGUCGGCCUGCACUUCUUCCAGCAGGCUUCUGGCAGCGAUUCCGUCGUCCUGUACAGCCCGAGCGUGUUCAAGAGCGCGGGGAUCACCGACGACAACAAGCUCCUGGGCGUCACCUGCGCGGUGGGCGUCAGCAAGACGCUUUUCAUCCUGGUGGCCACGUUCCUGCUGGACCGCGUCGGGCGUCGGCCUCUGCUGCUGACCAGCGCGGGUGGAAUGAUCGUAGCUCUCAUCGGCCUCGGGACGGGGCUCACCGUCGUGGGGCAUCACCCGGACGCCAAGAUCCCGUCGGCCGUAGCUCUGUGCAUCGCGUCCACGCUGGCCUACGUCGCCUUCUUCUCGAUAGGGCUCGGCCCCAUCACGGGCGUGUACAACUCGGAGAUAUUCCCACUGCAGGUGCGCGCGCUAGGCUUCGCGGUCGGCAUGGCGUGCAACCGCGUUACCAGCGCCGUGAUCUCCAUGACCUUCCUGUCCCUCUCGAAGGGUAUCACCAUCGGCGGCAGCUUCUUCCUCUACUCCGGCAUCGCCGCGGUGGGGUGGGUUUUCUUCUUCACGUGCCUUCCGGAGACCCGCGGUCGUACGCUGGAGGAGAUGGGCAAGCUGUUCGGCAUGCCAGACAUCGACAUGGCUCAAGCAGACGACACCGCUGCCAAGGAGAAGGUGGUGGAAAUGCCCACCAUGUAGAUGGAAGGAAAACCAACUACCCUGCAGUGCUGGCAAUGAGCCAAUGAUUGAUGCAGCGUCUUUUGCCAGAGCAGAGCUCAACUCCCACAAACAAAAAGAAAAAAAAAAAACUUGAAGCAGCGUGGCAAGAUUGGCCUCGUGGACUCGUGGGGCGGCAGGAGAGAGAGUGAGAGACGGCGUGGUCCAGCGGUUCAGCUAGAGACUUCUGCAAGACAGGCUGAAUUUAUUGGUGUCAGCGUCGCGUGUGCUUGUCAUGCCAGCGGUGAAUCCUCAAUGUAGCAACGGGCACGUGCAUAUUGUUUAUUCCAAUUAUACAAAUAAAUAUCAUGCCAGCGUCGGUGUGCAUGCAAUGAUGUCAUUUAACA